AUGUCUUUCCAGUUGCGGCAUUUUUCUGAUUAUGGCUUGCAGAUGGAGUCUAUAGAUAAUCUAUCAGUGUAUGAUUCUUCUUUUCUUGAACAGAUGACGGCAGUACCCAAGCUUCAAACUCGGUGCUUGCCAGUCACUGAUCCUGUCAAAGAAGCUGAAAUAAUCGAAAGUAUUGCAGCUGCUUAUUUUGUUGAAGAAGAUUUCGAUGCAACCAAUUAUGAAUUAAAGAAAUUGCUUAAUUUGGAAUUGUUACCUGAAGAUCUGAUGAGAGAGAUGGAUUUACUAAAGCGGCAACUUCAAGUUGUUUCGAAACGAAUUUCUUCAAUGAUUAUAGCCAAUUCCGUUUCCUAUUCAACGCAGUUAAAGAAUAUUGAUGGAAUUCAUGACGAUUUGACCAGUCUUAUACAAACUAUCGCUGAAAUAAGGAGAAAUAUAGGACUUAUUAAAUCAGAAAAUCGCAAUAAAUUGAAAAUACUUGCUAAUCAUCGAAAUAGAAAAUUUCUGCAUCGUUUAAAAUCAUCAUUAAAUGCGAUAAGAACUCUCUAUGAAACAGAAUUUCAACUGAAAGAUUUAAUACAAGAAGAAAAUUUUUUUGCUGCUAUAAGGUUAUAUAAUGAAGCAAGAAAAGCGGCAUUUACAUAUAACCAUUUUAAAUGUAUUAGAGAUUUAAUGGAAAAAUUAUCAGAAACAAUGCAUGAAAUAGAAUAUGGUUUGGAUAAUGCUCUUGCAUCACUCACCGUCAUUUUUGAUCCCGAUCGUUAUUCUUCAAUAUUUAGUGCUUAUGAAAUGUUAAAUAGAACUACGGAGGCUGCCACAAAAAUAAUAAAUUUUACACAUGCCACAAUAGAGAACUCGUCCAGAACUGUUAUUAGUAAUUUUCUGAUUCACAGAAUUGCUGAUAAUGAAUUGAAUAACUUGUCUUAUGAACAGUUGUGUGAAAAUGUAUGUACUGAUUCCACACUUGAUUGUGUUAGAGAACUGGGAUUUGUGGUAUGCAAAAUUUUGUUUACUUUUCAUUUAAUUAUGCGGUAUCACGUGGAUGACGAUGAGAGGUUACAAUGCACUGAUGAAAAUAAAGAUGAAAUUCGCUCCGCUCAGAAAAUUUUGCGUAACUCAGCACACUCCAUUUUUAAAACUGCUUGUAUGAAAUACAAUAUUUUACUAUGUUGUCAAGAUCUUUCCACCCUAAAUUUUGACCAUUUUUUAGAUAUUGUUGAUAUGUCUGCUCGAUUCCGGCAUUUUGGUCGUAAAUAUUUUGGAAACAGUUGCACCGAAGUAUCAGUUACUUUAGAGAAACAUAUACACCUUUAUUUCGGUAGAUAUCACCAUGAUAAAAUGGAGGAAUUGCGAAUGUUUUUGGAAAGUGAAGCCUUUGCUCCUUGCCCAUUACCUCAGCGAUUCACCAUUUUUGAUUUACAAGAGUUCGCAUUUUUAAAAGGAUCUUUGGAGUGUUGUGAUAAUAAUGACGAAACAAUUUUCGAUAUGAAUGAUGAGUUAAAUUUGGGUGAACAGCUUGAUUUCGAAGUAAUUGGUGAUUUUGUUCAAAACCCAUUUGCUACCGAAGCAGAUUCUUUUUCUUGUAGCAGAAAUAUGGCAAAUAUCAUCAGUAAUUUAGCGAUUCCUGAGUCGAAUGACGAUUGGUUACAAGAAAGUGAAAAUCAACUAAAUCCACCAAUAAUUUCCAAUGCGGCACUUAAUCUGCUUCGUUUUUUCGGUCGCUACAUUCGAAUGACAUUUAUGCUUGAUUCAGUAGCAGAGCAGGCAGUUGCUUCGAUCAUGCAAUUAUUUGAUUAUUUUUUUUAUUCGCUUUGCACAUUAUUUUCGGCGGAUUCUGAGGGGCUGAAUUUACGUUCGGAAAGGCUAACAAAAGUUCUAAGCAAAAUUGAGAAGGAUAUUAUAAUCGUCAGUUCAUCGACUACUGAAAUAAAACUGGGUUUAGCUCCAUGUACGCUAUCAAGCGCUAUACGUUUGUAUGAUUCGAAUUGUUUAUUUGCAUUAGCUGAGCGAAUCGUUUCUGUUCAGUCACUAGUAUUUAUUGCGAAGCAUUUGGAUAUUAUUCGCCCAGUUGUCGAAUCUUUAGUAAAAAAUGAUAUUAGGAUGUCGGAACUGAGAGAAUUCUAUUCUUCGAUUUUAAACUUAGUUAAUGACGCCGGAUGCAGCAUCUACAGUUGUGUUGCAGUUAAAGCCAUUAAUUAUCGACAACUCAUUGUUCGAGUAUCUUCGACAAGAUGGGAUUUGAAUGAAUUACAGUCUCAGCAUAGUGCUUAUGUUGAUUCUUUGCUUCAAGAUUUGGAAGCCUUCAAAAAACGAUUGGAAAUGAUAAAUGAAUAUUUGCCACUGUCGAAGGAUAUCAUUAAUACGGUUUGGGAUAUAGUUAUAAAUUGUUCCUUCAAGGCACUUGUUCAAGGAUAUAGUGAAUCGGGCAAGAAGUGUUCUAGCGAAGGCCGUGCAUUGAUGCAGUUGGAUUUGCAGCAGUUGAUCAGCAGGAUUGAACAAAUCUGCAACAUACAUCCAGUGCCGCACAAAGCCUAUGUUGAAAAUUAUAUUAAAGCUUAUUAUCUGCCAGAAAGUUCUUUCGAACAAUGGAUUCAACAGCACAGUAUGCCUGAGAGAUUGAGGGUGCCGGGAUUUGAGUAUCGAGAGCGACAGCCUUAUCGAUAA